CCAUUUUCAUUCAUUCCUACUCUGAGAGAGAGAAAGAGAGAGAGAGAGAGAGUUGAUUAUCAACUUAAUUUCAAAAUAAGUUUUGAGCAGAAAAAGGAAGAAAGAAUUGGAAUCAGUUGAAGGAAAAGAAGAUGGCUCAGAUUUUGCUCCAUGGAACCCUCCAUGCAACUAUUUGUGAGAUUGAUAAGCUACAUAUUGGAUUUUUUCAUAAGGUGUUGGAAGGCAUCGAGGAAGUAGUGGGUUUUAGGAAAACUGCUUCAGAAUUAUAUGCAACAGUUGAUAUAGGAAAAGCUCGAGUUGGUCGAACGAGGUUGCUUGAACAUGACUCAAACCCACGCUGGUUCGAGCAAUUUCACAUUUACUGCGCUCACAUGGCUUCAGAAGUUGUAUUCACUGUAAAAAUCGACAAUCCAAUUGGGGCAGAACUGGUUGGAAGAGCCUCCAUGCCUGUUAUAAAUCUACUUCCUGGUGAAGAAAUUGAUACAUGGCUCGAUAUCCUUAAUGAACAUCAUAAACCUAUCCAUGGACAUUCCAAAAUUCAUAUUAAGUUGCAGUUCUUUGAGGUUACUAGAGAAUGUUGUUGGGGUCGAGGUGUUAAAAGUCCGAAAUAUCCCGGUGUUCCUUUCACAUUCUUUGCUCAAAGAAAUGGAUGUAGAGUUACUCUUUAUCAGGAUGCACAUGUCCCAGAUCAUUUCGUACCGAAAAUACCUCUCGCCGGUGGAAAGUUUUACGAACCACACCGGUGUUGGGAAGACAUUUUCGAUGCAAUCUCUAAUGCGAAAUAUUUGAUUUACAUAACGGGUUGGUCAGUUUAUACAGAAAUAACCUUGGUGAGGGAUACAAGGAGGCCUAAACCAGGAGGGGAUGUUACUCUUGGAGAACUACUUAAGAAAAAGGCGAAUGAAGGUGUUCGGGUUUUGCUUCUGGUUUGGGACGAUAGAACCUCGGUAAAUAUACUUAAGAAGGACGGAUUAAUGGCUACACACGAUGAAGACACGGGGAAUUACUUUCGUGGAACUGAAGUUCAUUGCGUGCUAUGUCCACGCAAUCCAGACGAUGGACGGAGCAUAAUCCAGGACAUAGAAAUCGGUACCAUGUUUACGCAUCACCAGAAAAUUGUUGUUGUGGAUAGUGAAAUGCCUAAUGGGAAUGCAGAUAGGAGGAGGAUUGUGAGUUUUGUAGGGGGAAUUGAUCUUUGUGAUGGGAGAUAUGAUACACAAUUUCAUUCCCUUUUUAGGACUUUGGACACAGCCCAUCAUGAUGAUUUUCAUCAGGCUAAUUUUAGGGGUGCUACAAUUAACAGAGGCGGUCCAAGGGAGCCCUGGCACGACAUUCACUGUCGAUUGGAAGGGCCGGCUGCUUGGGACGUGUUGUUCAAUUUCGAGCAGAGAUGGAGGAAACAAGGCGGGAAGGAUUUGCUUUUGGAACUACACGAACUUCAAAAGAUUUUAAUUCCACCUUCUCCGGUUAUGUAUCCGGACGACCACGAGACGUGGAAUGUUCAGGUAUUUCGAUCAAUUGAUGGUGGAGCAGCAUUUGGCUUCCCCGAAGAACCGGAGAAUGCAGCACGAUCCGGCCUAGUAAGCGGGAAGGAUAACAUCAUCGACAGAAGCAUUCAAGAUGCUUAUAUCUACGCCAUUCGCCGAGCAAAGAAUUUUAUCUACAUCGAAAAUCAGUACUUUCUUGGAAGCUCUUUCUCAUGGUAUUCGACUGAUAUCAAAGACGAAGAUGUUGGUGCAUUGCACCUAAUUCCAAAGGAACUUUCUUUAAAGAUUGUGAGUAAAAUUGAAGCUGGAGAGAGAUUUACAGUGUACAUUGUGCUUCCAAUGUGGCCAGAGGGAUACCCAGAGACUUCAUCAGUGCAGGCUAUAUUGGAUUGGCAAAAGAGAACUAUGGAAAUGAUGUACACUGAUAUAGUACAAGCACUUAAAGCAAAAGGAAUUGUGGCAAACCCUAAAGAUUAUUUGACAUUCUUUUGCCUUGGUAAUAGGGAAAUAAAAAAGCCUGGGGAAUAUGAACCUUCAGAAAAGCCAGAUUCUGAUACAGAUUACAGUAGAGCUCAAGAAAAUAGGAGAGGAAUGAUCUAUGUUCAUGCCAAGAUGAUGAUCGUGGAUGAUGAAUACAUAAUCAUAGGAUCUGCAAAUAUAAAUCAGAGGUCAAUGGAUGGAGCUAGGGAUUCAGAAAUUGCCAUGGGAGCUUUUCAACCAUAUCAUCUAUCUAAAAGGCAGCCAGCAAGGGGACAAAUUCAUGGCUUCAGAAUGUCACUUUGGUAUGAACAUUUAGGCAUGCUUGAUAACACUUUCUGUCAUCCACAGAAUUUGGAAUGCAUCGCUAAGGUAAAUAAAAUAGCUGAAAAUAACUGGGAUCUUUUUACGCGUGAAACGGUAGAACGAGACAUGCCUGGCCAUCUGAUGACUUAUCCGAUCGGAGUCGACUCCGAAGGAAAGGUGAGCGAGCUGCCGGGGACGGAGAACUUCCCGGACACCAAGGCUCGAGUUCUUGGUACUGUAGCGGGAUAUUAUCCUUCGAUUCUCACCACUUAAUGAGAUUGCGUUGUGCAUAUAAAAUAAGUAUGACGCUUUGUUUUCAUCUCAGUAUUUUGAAAGCGAGAUUGUUGAUGGUCGCAUUGUAUAUCUUUACGACUUUAUGCGAUCGAUUUUUCUUUUUUUUCAUGUGUGUCUCUUCGGACAAUAAUUAGUAACAUGGAAUAUUUUUUAAAUAUGUUUA